UGUACCUAUAUAAUUGAUCGAAACGUCCAAGUGAAUGGCACCGAUGAGACAGGUGAGUAUUUUUUUUUUUGUUACUUAUGUCAAACGAAUUUGUUUGUAACGCCCUUUCGUAUUUUCUGUAAAAUAUUUGGAAACGUGCGUCACGGGUAAUCGCACUGUUCAUUGAAUCCAGAACACAUGUCGUUGUCCCGACCACAUGGAUUUAUCAAUCAACCGAUAAUAUUGGUAAAAUAACGUUAUUCGCAUAGUGGCCACCGAAAUCGGAUACUAAUGUUACCAGUGAAACUAUUCAUAAUGCAACACUUCCGUCAGAAUAUUGAGCGUCUUAUAAAAUACGCCUUUUGGAGAACAGCACAGAAUAAUGUAAGUACCAAUAACUGAUUACAACGUAGAUACUGUAUGUAUAUAUUAUGCACCUAGGUAUUAAUUUUUAAAAAAAGGGCUGAUAUUGAAGAUUUGUGUACCACUAUUGUUACCGGGAAAUUGGUAAGGUUAUGUGAUACAUAAUAUUCUCUAACUUAUGUCUCUAGAAAAAUAACCAUAAACCAUUACUAACAAAAAAAAAUAUUUGUUGUGAUAACUUUAACUUCAGUGAUAAUAAUGUUUGGAAAUUUGUAAAUUGUAAGAUUUUUUUCUAAAUUGUACUUUAAAACAUUUUUGAAAAAACUACACCAUUAUUUUUAAUACUAAGGACAACUUAUAAUGAACCCUGUGUUCAAUUUGCAAGCAUUUCUGGUUUGUCAAACAAUUGUAUUCAUAUAAUACGUACAUACCUAUACAUACCAAUAGGUACCUAUAUAUUUUCUCAUUAUUAUAAUUAUACAAACAAAAUUGUUUUUAUUAUCUUAUGAGUUUUAUUUUUUAUUUAGAUAACUUCAAUAAAGCAUGACAUACAAAAGUUGAAUAUGUUAAUUCCACCACUGAAAGUGAAGAGAUGUCUAAAAGUUUGAGAAAAUAAAAUACUGGACUCCGAAAGUGAUGUUGAAGGCAAGUAGAUUAAAAAUUAAAAUAGUUGUAGGUAUGUGAAAAAGUAAAAUUCAAAAUAUUUGAGUUGAUAGGUACAGAAAAGAAUGGAUGGGUUUAGACAUGUUUACUUUAUUUUUUGAAUUUAUUUUAAUACAAUAUUAUAUGUCUUCAUUACUCAGUAAAACUCAAAACUUGGUAUUAUGGUAGAAGUAUUUCUCUUAAAUACAAAUAUUUAUAUUAAUUUAUUAUAUUUCAAAUAAAAUGUUAAUUUGUAUCUUGUAUGGGAGAAAGAAUUAACUAGGUACUAAUAAAAUCAAAAGAGUACCAUGCAAAAGUACNCAAAACUUGGUAUUAUGAUAGAUUCAGUUCUAAUAAAUACAAAUAUUUAUAUUAAUUUAUUAUAUGGCAAAUAAAAUGUUAAUUUGUAUUUUGUAUGGGAGAAAGAAUUAACUGGGUACUAAUAAAAUCAAAAGAGUGCCAUGCAAAAGUACUUAUCUGCCAACUAGAUUAAAUUGUCUGAUGUAGUAAUUAAAAAAUUAUUAUAUGGCAAAUAAAAUGUUAAUUCGUAUCUUGUAUGGGAGAAAGAAUUAACUAGGAACUAAUAAAAUCAAAAGAGUGCCAUGCAAAAGUACCUACCUGCCAACUAGAUUAAAUUGUCUGUUGUAGUAAUUAAAGAAUUAUUUAAUUAAAUGGGUAUUUACAAUUUUAGAAAGUAUUUGGAAUAAUAUUUAACAGGUAUUUACCCUUAAAUUUAAAAAAAAGAAGACUUUUAUGUAAAUACUUUAGAAAAAUAUGAUCAAUAUAAUAAAAUUGUAAUUUAAAACAAAUUANUAUGGGAGAAAGAAUUAACUAGGUACUAAUAAAAUCAAAAGAGUACCAUGCAAAAGUACCUACCUGCCAACUAGAUUAAAUUGUCUGUUGUAGUAAUUAAAGAAUUGUUUAACUAAAUGGGUAUUUACAAUUUUAGAAAGUAUUUGGAAUAAUAUUUAACAGGUAUUUACCCUUAAAUUUUUAAAAAAAAAGACUUAUGUAAAUACUUCAGAAAAAUAUGAUCAAUAUAAUAAAAUUGUAAUUUAAAACAAAUUGAAUAUAAUAUUCUCUAGAUGAUAUUGCUUACAAUGUAAUGCCUUUAUGUACAGAACAAACUUUGGAUAAUAAUAGUACUACUUCUAAUACAUCUAUAUCACAUAUGUCACAAAAUCUACACAAAACAAUUACAAUUAAAUGGUAAUUUAUUAAUCAACUACUUUUUUUUUUUUCAUAAAGAAAUUACAUGUAUAAAAAGUUUUAUAUAUCCUAUUAUUUUAUUUAGGUAUCACAUUUAAUGCCAAUGGAUUCAGUUAAAUAUGGUGUAAAAACUCCUAGUAUUGGAACAAAGUCAAACUUUGUGCAUGUACACUGAAGUUGCACAUUUAAAUUCUCAAAAUUCAACUGCUCCUCAUAUUAUAAAUAUUAUAAAUGUUCAAUAUACAGAAUUAACAAAUGAUCCAGCAAUAACAAUUCAAAUAUAGUUCCUCAGAUGG